CUAGUUUUAAGUCAUUUUUAAUACAAUUUUAUUAUAUUUUCACUUAACAUUUUGCAACAUUAUUCAACUCAAUAAAUUACUCAUAACAGGUUAUAACCUGAUAAGGAUAACAGUCCAUUAAACUAAGUACAGCAAACUAAUAAACAAAAUAAGUAUUUUUAUAAGUCCCAAACACAUUGUUGCACCGCUGUAAGUGCGAUCGUUAACAUAAUACAAAACUUUAUCACAAUCAACUUUAUAAUUUGUCACCCCUUCCCUACUGUACAUUAUCACUUUACACAACGCCUUUUGAGUCACAUAUAUCCUCAUACGCGUAAUAGGAUCCAGCACUGUUGUCAUCUUCCAAUCCUUUAUAUCCUGAUCGCCAUUCGGAAAUCUGAACAUAACGUCUUCAAUAGGCAAAGGGUCUUCAUUCCACAAACUAACUUCAACAUCGUCUUCAGUUAUUUUCCUCGAGUUGUAAUCAUGGAUAUAUUUACGAAGAAACGCCUGCGCUAUAGUACAAUAUAUAGCUACCGUCUCUAUCACAUCCUCGUCUUCGAUCCGUAACCAGCAUUGUGUCGCUCGAUCAUUUCGAUUCGGUAAAUCGAACGGCACCGGAAAUACAAUAUAGGGUUUCGUAGUUUUUGCACUUUCCUUACAUGUAACGGUUGAUAUAAAAAGAAUAUUAAAAAGUACUGCGAGCAACAUUUUAUAUGUGCAACUGUGAUGACAUCAUGAUCGGAACUAAACGAUAGCCGUGACAAUUCUUUGCCACUACCGCAAAGACGGACGAGUUCAGUCGACCUUCGUAUCGGCAAUUACACCUGGAUACAGAUACCUUGUUGCGGAUUAACAACUUAUUGUUUUAGUUGAGAUACACCUUUGAAUAGAAAAAUUUACAUCAGAAUAAGGCAUAUGAUAUUGUUCGUUUAUGGACUGGAAGUAAAUAAUAUUGUAGUAGGUAGAUGAAAAUAGGUACUUACAAAAUUUGCGAUGCAACCUUGUAAUUAAUGAUUUUGUUAUAUUUUCUUAACAAUAGUUAUGACAUAUUCCCAAGAAUGUUGAACAUAAAAUUUUAAAUACCUAAUAUAACUCGUCUGGGAUUCGAACCUAGAUAGGUAUCAUGUAGAUAUAAUUAUUUAAGGAAAUAAACAUAUUUAUUGAUAUUGAACGUAAACCCGUAAUUAACCGCAUAUAGUAUAUUCACUUCCGAUAAUAUUGCGAGUCAUUUUCCAUAUAAACAGCCUUUAUCGACUGGGUGUAUAAACUUAUACAGUAGAAAAUACGUUCAUUAACACCAUAACGUAUAAACAUAAAUACAUCCUCUUUACCUUAUUCUUAACAAUAUUUUCACUGCUUCAAUCAACUUCGUUCGGUUUUACCGAUGUCUUUAGGUAACACACGUUUGUAAACUCUGGAGGCCCAGUUGGGUCUCUCAGUUCUCGAAGAUAAAACCUUAUUGCUACCAUAAAAGUAUUUUAUUUUGCAGUCACUUCACUUGCAUUGAUGAUAUCCGUACAGUCCAGUUUUAUAGGCUAUCAGAUUUUUUGUGUUUACUAUUACAAAGACCUUGUUAACGUCGAUAUGCAGAUAAUCCCAAUGUUUUAAUUAUUAUUAGACAUGGAACUUUGAUUUGUACCUAUUAAUCACAGUAUCAAAAUGAAAUAUGGUUUCUAAAGCGAAUAGUAAAUAACUGGAUUACUGUUUAGGAAGCGUUCAGAGUUAUUUAUUCUUACAAAUAUGAUCAUAAUGAAAUUAAACAAGAUGCAUUAUAUUCACACUUAAAUAUUUUUAUAAUAAGUUAUGAAUAAUAGAGCAUUUGAAAUCAUAUCGAUUAUGUUCAUUGUUUACGAAUAAUUAUCUAUGUUCUUGUAUCGUUACGUUUGCUAUAUGUCAUAUUGCGCCGAAAUAAAUGAAUUUAAUUUAUAAUACUCGUACGAGUAUGUAUCACAAUCACAGCCAGGGCGACGUAAAAACAUCUCGAUAUUAAGUUUACUUCACCUCUAACCUAACUUUAUCUGUUGUUGGAACAAGCCAGCGGCCGAGUGUAUAUCAAAUCGGUAUUCCCGGCAUUUUGCCUGUUGACGUCAGCCUCUUAAAUGAUAUAUACUGCGAUUCAUUUAAAAUCUAGUUUCCAAUCUGCCUCGGCAGAGCUAGCACGUCAUUAUGACGAAUAGACUCAUAUUGUGCCUGUUAAUAGUGUGUGUGGCAACAAAUCUCGUGGACUGCAGAUUUGGAUCAAGAAGUAGCGGAAGAUCGAGAUCUAGUGGAAGCCACUCUUGGGGAUGGGGCAGUAGUAGUAGUAGUCAUUCAAGUUACAAACCCUCAUCUAGUUCGAGCUCGUGGAACAAGCCUAGCUAUCCAUCCUCUUCGUCAGGACUGUCCGGAUCGGGAUGGAGCAAGCCAAGCUAUCCAUCCUCUUCUUCGGGAUUAUCCGGAUUGGGAUGGAGUAAACCUAGCUACCCCUCAUCUUCGUCAGGACUGUCAGGAUCGGGAUGGAGCAAACCUAGCUACCCGUCAUCUUCAUCAGGACUAUCCGGGUCUGGGUGGAGUAAACCCAGCUACCCGUCAUCUUCCUCAGGACUGUCAGGAUCGGGAUGGAGCAAACCUAGCUAUCCAUCAUCUUCGUCAGGACUGUCGGGUUCAGGAUGGAGUAAGCCCAGCUACCCGUCGUCUUCAUCAAGUUUGUCCGGAUCUGGAUCUAAUAAACCAAGUUAUCCAUCAUCGUCAUCGGGGCUCUCGGGAUCUGGGUCAAGUAAACCAAGUUACGUACCAGCAUUAUCAGGUCCGACUUUAUCUUUCGGGUUACCAGGAACACGCCCGAAUAAACCGAGCUACCCGUCUUCUUCAUCGGGACUGUCUGGCGGUGGCGCAAGUAAACCCAGUUAUCCGUCUUCUUCUACUGGACUAUCAGGUUCCGGACUACAAAAGCCGAGUUUAACUGGCACUGGCCCUCACAUUUACCCUCCUUCAAUUGGUAUCUCAGGCAAUACACGACCUAAACCACCGUCAUAUUCUGGAGUACCAGUAAAUCCCACGUCGAACGGCAACCGCUUUAAUAAGCCUUCAUAUGAGACUGUGUACCGUCGCGGUCAUACAUACAAUUCUCAUUCUAGUUACGGUAGCCACACCGGACUUGGCAAUACUCAUACGACUUAUGUUUUACCGCCAAAUUAUCAUACAUAUCCUCAAUAUGUGUAUGUAACUGAGUAUCGCAAUUCAGGAAGUCGGUAUGGAGACAUUUUGACGGGCCUAACUUUGUACAACUUGGGCCGUUCGCAUAGCCAUCACUACCACGACCAUUAUUACUACGAUGAUUACUAUAGAGCAAGACAUCAUUCACCGAAUUACGCUGGAAACAGCCACAUAAGCAACCAACAGCCUAAUGACAAAGCGACAUGCACUUUAAGAGUCAAGGAGAAUGGAAGACUAGAAGUGUUAAAAAUACCGUGCGAAAUUGUUUCUACAUUCGUUGAAGAUGGUAAGCGUUCUAAUUACACACAGACGCAAACAAAUACUACAGUUUGUUAUACUAAUACAACUACUCAAAAUGUAAAUACUAAAACAGAAACAGUGAACGCAACAAGUACCACAUCUGCUGUUCCAAACAAUUCAUUAAAUAUCACCACACCAUUGCCUGCUUUACAAAAUACAACAGAGCACAAUAAAAUACUAAACGUAAGUGACACAAUUAUUCAAAAUACAACAGAUAACGCACCCUUUUCAAAUAUCACAGGAAAAGAAACUCAAAAUGUAACAGUAUCUGAACAGACUACUGAAUCACAAAACGUCUCCAAAACAUUAAAUUCACAGAACGCUACAUUAAACAUUAAUCAGCCUAACAAUGACACAGUACAUUCUAUAGAUAAAACGACUGUAAAAAUUGACCUAGCUACAGAAAUUAACAAGUCUAUUCCUAAUGAAGAGCCAAAAACUAACACUACAGUGCCCACUACCGUUAUUACGGUUAACUAUACUACUUGCACUACAGUUACAAACACUACUGACCCACUUCAGGUUAAAGGUCCCCCUGUAAACACAAACAACAUGGAAUGUGCAGUAGAAAUUGUUACAAGGGAUCAUCUCAUAAGAAACGAAGUUGACUGUGGUCUUCUAUUGAAAUAUUCCCAGAUGCCGGAAAAAGAAAAGCCAAAAGAAAUUAAAAGCAGUUUUCUACCACCAAAGAGUAAAAUAAAAUCUUGGCUUGACAAUCCUCCUUGGUGGUUAUCUAUAUUUAUUGCAGUAUGAAAGAUAAUGUACAAACAAAUAAUCUAAGUAUAGGUAUGUUACUUCUAUAGUUGGUUUUUAAGUAUGUAGUUUUAGUUAAAAACCUAUGAGUUCCUAUUGUAACAAAUUUGAUAUAAAAGUGCUAUAUUCCUAAAAUACUGAUAUCAACAAAAUGUACAUAAUUUUUUGUCAAUUUCUACAUUCUUCAAUAUGAACUUGCUAGUAUUAAAUUACAUGUUAUUGUAUGCAAUUAAGUAAACAAAAUACACAUCAACUGAUUACCUCUUCAUUUAGGAUAACAGUGAACAAUAAACAUAUGUAAAAUGCAUUUCAAAUAUCUUGGUGUUCCAAGGGUGUCACCGAGCUAUUAAGUGCCCACCACAUAUCGCACUAUACCUAAAAUUAUGUAGCCCUUUAACCCACAUGAAAUUAAGAGCCAAGAUAUAUGAAAAUAAUACCAACAAUAACAUACUUGCUUUGUUUCAAUAAUUUUCCUCAAAAAUUAUAUUCUGAUGUAUAUAAAUGUAAUAAAGUUUAUAAAAUAAAAAAAAUACCAAUAGCAAGUACUAUCAUUUUAAUACCCAGAGUUAUUUAUAAGAAACAAUUCAAAACAAAUAAACAGGAAAAUUUAAAUAAAUCUAACUUAAUUGCCGUUGGAGGCUGUUGAGGACAUAACAAAACAAUAUUUUCAAACAAUAGUAUAUGUGUAUGAUGUAGAAAUACAAUGUUUAUAAAUUAGUAUCCUUAUCUACUACUUUUUUCUUAAAAUGCUUAUCAUUAAGGUUCAAAGAAA